GUAAUUUCCCCGUUCUUUAUAAGUAGGAUUGAGGCCUAGGAUUUGGGAAGUACCCCAACUCAAUUAUCCAUUCUUUUGUAUUAAUCCCCUUAUUUCCUCCAAUCCUAUUUAAUUAACUACAAAAAUAAAUAAUAAUACUAUUAUGGGCGAGGUCGCAAGAACUAACGGUAACCAUGAAGUCGCCAUUAAUGUAAAAGAUGAUGAUUAUAAUCCUAAUAAUAAUCAAUCUCACUCUAAUUCUAACACUAACUCUGAUUCUUGCUUCUCUCUUCCUUUCCUCCAAAAGAUGAUAGCUGAGAUGAUGGGGACGUACUUUUUGAUAUUUGCGGGGUGUGCGGCGGUGACAGUAAAUUUAAACGCCGAAAAAGUAGUGACGUUGCCAGGAAUUGCAAUAGUGUGGGGAUUAGUAGUAAUGGUCAUGGUUUACUCUGUGGGCCAUAUUUCGGGUGCCCAUUUCAACCCUGCUGUUACUAUUGCUUUCGCUACUUGCCGUAGAUUUCCAUGGAAACAGGUACCGACAUUUGUAAUAUGUCAAGUAGUUGGAUCAACACUAGCAAGCGGAACACUGAGGUUGAUAUUUAACGGACACCAAACUCAAUUUGCGGGGACUACUCCGGCAGGAUCUGAUCUUCAAUCUUUCGUUAUUGAAUUUAUUAUCACCUUUUAUCUCAUGUUUGUCAUUUCUGGUGUUGCCACCGAUAAUCGUGCGAUUGGAGAACUUGCUGGUCUUGCCGUUGGAUCAACCGUCUUGCUUAAUGUCAUGUUUGCUGGGCCAAUAUCAGGAGCAUCAAUGAAUCCAGCAAGAAGUUUAGGACCAGCAAUAGUAUCACACCAUUAUAAGGGCAUAUGGAUAUACCUUGUGGCGCCUACUGCAGGUGCUAUAGCUGGUGCAAUGGUGUAUAAUCUUAUAAGGUUCACUGACAAACCAUUGCGCGAGAUAACUAAGACUGGUUCCUUCCUUAAGGCUAAGGGUUCAUCUAGAUCGGCUCGCAACGGUUCGUCCUACUAAGAUUCAAUCAGACUGUUGGUUUAAAUUAGAUUAGAAUUAGCUUAAAUUGGGCAUAUUAUAGAGCCUUUUAACUUAAGAUUUAUGCAAUCAGCUGCUAGUUCAUGUAUUAUGUUUGUAUGUAUGUGGCUAUUCUUGACAUAUUCGGCAUAAUUGUUAUUGUAUUGUGCAUCAACUUGUGAGGAGAAGGCCCAACAUAUAUUGUCUUAUGAUGUACUCCUAUCCUUUUGAUGAGUUUGCUACUGAACGUGAUGUAUUGUGAGAAAACAUUACUUUCAGCUAGAAACUCAAAGGGACAAAGGCAGUAGUUUGAUUAGAAGUUGUCAAACUCAUCAAGUAUUUAAAGUAUUUAUCUUUUUAGAA